ACAAUUUCCCCAAGAGAUCAUUUGCUGGUUAUUUUCUUUAGAUCAAACCAGCAAAAACACUUCUGAAACACACCAGCAAAACAGAAAAACCAGACACUGUUUUUUUUUUUUUCAACCUCGUGUCAUCAAUAAUUCAUCCUCUUCUUACACAUUUACUAAUGCACCGCUACAUUCCAGCACAUCAUCAGCUGCAUCUCUGGGAUAAAAGGCGCUGUCAGGGCUUUCCUUUCCUUUUUUUUUUUUUUUUUUUUCUUUAUCUAAUGACAUCACGUCAAAUGCAAGUUCCCAACAUGGCGUCCAGCCGGGUGCUGGAGGAGAGGAGGGAGGUCCAGGAGGGGCCGAGGCGCGCUCAGACCGCCAACCUCGACUUCAGCCUCCACAAACACUCGGUGCUCAUCAUCAUCGGACGGACCGCACAGCAGCACAGACAGACAGGACGCAUCAGCGGGGACAUCGAACGAGGUAUUCGUUCAUGGGAUGUGGACUUAAACUCGUGUAAUCUGAACCUGUAUCUCCAAGAAUUCCUGUCCCACCACACGGCUUCAUUCAAAGGUGCAGGGCAGAAGUGUCUGCGCCACAGUACCAGAGUGUUGGACACUCAAGUACUGAUCAGUCCAUCUCAGGAACAGGCUGUUUCAGAGGUGUUUGCUCUGCUGUCCAAAGACUCGGCUCAUAAACUGUUGAUCUUAGCUGGUCAGAGUGUGGAAGACACCGGAGAUCUGCUGUUUCACCGGGGACUGCUGUCACCACGCCAGCUCAAACAAAUACUGAUAGAGCAGUUCAUAGAUCAAGAGCGCUCUGCCUCCAAGCUGAGUCUGACGCUGAGCUGUGCGAACAUCGGCCAGUGGAAGACAACCCUCUUGGGAAACCAGCCUCUGCCGGGUCCUUUCACACUCCACAUCAAUCCCCCAGAGGUGCUGCCCGCCAUGGAGGCCCUGGGGGAAUUCACCUCCCUUAUCUCUGGUACCAUUUGCCCUCCGUCACCCUUUGACCUCCUGCCUCCUCCAACCACAGUGGGUUUCCUCAAGCUGUCCCGCCCCUGCUGCUACGUGUUUCCGGCGGGCCGUGGCGACUGUGCCUUUUUUGCCGUUAAUGGGUUUACCAUGUUGGUGGAUGGAGGUUCAGACUCACAGGCCUGUUUCUGGAAGCUCGUCCGCCAUCUUGACCGAGUAGAUGCGGUUUUGUUGACACACAUUGGGACAGAAAACCUCCCGGGGGUCAAUGCCUUCCUGGAGAGGAAAGUGGCAGAGUUGGAGCUGAGCUCUGACGUCAAAGAAGACCUGUCCAAAAGGCUUAUCUCUCCAGAGCUUGGAGUUGUGUUCUUUAAUGCUCCCAGCAGGUUGCAAAUUGAACAACAGCCAUGUAUGGACAAUGUACUCAAGAGCACAAAUCAGGCAGCCCUGACACUGCAUUUGCUAAAAAAAUUAGACAUCAGACCACAGCCAAUGUUUCGGCCUCAGGGGGUCCCAAUUGAGCCAAUAACCCUUUUUCAGAAGAUGGGAGUGGGACAGCUGGAUUUAUAUAUUCUAACUCCGGGCAAAAACAGCCAGGAGUACCAGACGCUCAUGCAAAACUGGCCUGAUGCUGUGCCAUCAGCUGGUAAAUCCCAGUCUCUCCCUCUCACCGCCCUCGCUUCAGUGUCUGUCCUGCUUGUUUGGCACCCGGCCUGUCCCCAGGAGAAGGUAGUCAGGGUGCUUUUCCCUGGAGUUACACCUCAAGCAAAGCUUCUGCAGGGACUGGAGAAGCUGAAAGGUUUGGCAUUUCUUCAGAAGCCAACCAUGACUACAGGGGAAUUGGAGAGGCUGGGGGAGGAAAGAAAAACCCAAAGGACAGAGAGUCAGGACAGCGGUAAGUCACCAGGGAAGGAGACAUCACGAAAACAGGGGAAAGAGCGGGUAGUUAAAGAGGAGAUGAAGGAAGUGAAGGAAAAAACAAAAGUAUUAAAUGGAGUUAGCACAGAGAAGAGCAAAAUUAAAGACACAGGUGUAAAGCAAAAAGCAGCAUCAACAGAUAAGAAUAUUUCAAAGAAAGGUAAAAAGAAAGAUGAUAAAAAGGAGGAAAAUGUCGGAAAUAAGGAAGACAAUGGUGUUAUGGGGAAAAAGGAUGUUCUCCCUUCCAAACCAAAGAAUGAAAAUAAAACAAAGCUCAAAAAGGAAGCAAAAAAUGACUCUAAAUCAGGGGCAAAGAAAACAAGCAAAUCCUUAGGAAAGGAAAAUAAUGGUGGCAAGAAGGCAGAUGGAAGCACUGACAUGUCAACUAACUCAACAAAACCUAAUGCUGCGAUUGUGUCAGAAAUCCCAAAGUCAGAGGGAACCGAUACAGAGCAAAAGAGUGAAAAACUGGAAAAAGAACCUGAAGAGAACCCCUGCUGCUCCAAAAUAUCUACCCCCGAGGACAUGACAGCUGAUUUUCUGAGGCUACGGGAAGAAAGUAAAAGAGAAGAGGCACAGGUGGAAACAGCAGAUAAAGGAGAGCAGAAAGGCAGUGAGUCAGGAAAUGAAAAGAACCUUGCAAGUUUGAGCAAAGAUAGAAGUAUUGAUGAUGCUGAAACAGCAAAGGGAGAAGCAGGAGGUGCCACAGGGAUGUCUAAGGAGGAGAGUCAUGAGGAUGGAGUGCAAGAGAACACAGAGAAACAGGAACCAGACUUGGAAACAAGGCCUGGAGACCAGGCUAGAAGUGCUGGCAAACCUGCAAAGGUUGUUGGAUUUCCAUCUCCUCUAAAGAAUGAGCAAACAGUUCAACAAGACCUGACUCCAACUGAAUAUACUCUCCUAGACGGAGCUUUAAGAAACAGCCCUCCUUCUCGAACUUCACCGGAGAACCAUGCCCCUCUCAGCGUCUCAGAGGAGACGGUGGAGCCUGGAUCUCCUGACUCUCGGCCCAACAGCGCAGGUCACACUCCCUACUGUCUAUCCCCAGAUGAUGUGUGGUGCAACAGGGCAACACUUAGCAGGUUACAGAUGGCUAACCUGGAGUCAAACGAUGAGACGAACGGCUCAUCCAAGCAAAAUGAUACACAGCUAUGUCAAGCCAGAGGCGCUACAGAGAGCCACACAACCCCUAAAGAGAAGCACCUAAGCUUCCUCUCUUUGGGUACGUUCAAAGACGGAUCUUCAGACCCCUCUCCAUCUGUGGCUACCACCACCACUACACACUCUAUGCCAGCAGAGGUGAGCUCGCCUCAGUCCACAGAGGUAGACGAGUCAUUAUCCAUGUCCUUCGAGCAGGGCCCGACCACUGUGAGCCAGAGAGAGGGGGAUGACAGUGUUCAUCACUCCCACUCAAACGGAGGUCAUUUUGUGGGGAUGUCUUUACAAAUCAAGAAGCCUCCUAGAUCUUUAGGCCAGGGUUCAGAGAUGGGACGUCCUCCUAACACACUUCAUUUGAAACCUCUCCUCAUGAUGUGGACUUGUGUCUGGUUUCUCCCUGUGAGUUCAAGCAUUUCAAAGCUCCUGAUGCCACCUCAGCUGCCAGCGAGCCCUCCAGAGCGGCCCUCUGUUCCCAACAUCACAGCAACAACAAUAACAACCUCAAGGAUGUGUCACCCAGUGAAUCAAAUGCCCCCGUCUGCACUGAGGACUGCCCUUCCACCACGGCAGAUGGCAUUCUGGAUUCAGAUGAGGAUGAGUCGUGUAGUGAGCCAAGUAACUCCCCCCACAAUCUCCGACCCAGUCAGUCUCUACCCCCAGACCCUCUACCAGCUCCCCUCAGGGACAGUCCACCCCUACCCCCACAUCCUGACACCUCCAUGCCUGUUCCUCAGUCUGAGUCUGAUGCUCAUGGGAAAAGAGCAAAAACCAGCAGCAUGCGAGGAAAGAAGUCACCAGCGAAGCUCCAAAAUUGUUGAGGGCUCUCCAAGAUCAGGUCCAGGAAAAACCAGAACAGGAAGCCAAAGUGGGCCCAUAAAGGGGUCCAAGGAGAAUGUUUCUACAACACGUACAACUUCCUCCAGCCCCCGCACGGCACCAUCAAAAUCCUCACCCAACCCAGGCUCUAAGGCUACCUCCAUUGGUGAACUCACUGUUUAUGUGGAUCUCGCCUACAUUCCCUCUGGAGCGUCCUCUCCCACUGUCAAUGUGGACUUCUUCAGGUGUGUUCGCUCUUCCUGUUAUAUCAUCAGUGGCGACAGUCCUGAGAGGGAAGAGCUUAUGAGGCAGACGCUGGAUGCAUUACUGGAUGGCAAGAAAUCCUGGCCCGAAACUAUGCAGGUGACAGUGAUCCCUACUUUUGAGUCGGUGUUAAUGCAAGAGUGGUACCAGCAGACUCUGGACAGACAGAGGGAGCUCGGCAUCACCGUUCUUGGCUCUAACAGCACUGUUGCCAUGCAGGACGAGACCUUUCCAGCCUGCAAGAUUGAGUUCUGAGGCAGAACACAAGUGUGAAUCAAAGAGUCAGAGCUGAAUAAAACACAGAAAUAAAAUUAGAAACUGAAGAGAAAAUCAGAAUUAUGGGGGAAAUCAUAUGAAAACAUGGUCCCUCUUACAGAAUGUGAUUAAAUGGGUAAGGAUGUCAAGGAGAUCAUCACUUAACCCAUCGCCUGGUUCAUGAGUUCUGUGUGGGCUGUUUUUAUACUGAAAAGUCCUCCUCCUAACAUCCAGUUUUACAAGACAAAUCCACAUUCCCGCGAGGAAUGUUGUGAAUCCAAUCAUCCAUAACCUUGUGCAAAGGUGAAGAGAAAAGCUUAUUGACUGCAAGAGAGGCAUGUAAUGCUGCAAACACGUAGAUCAAAAUGCAAGCUGAUGCUGUAGAUUAGUCCGAACAUUUAUCAUACAUUGGGUUGUGCACACUAAUGGUCGGAUCCACAAAAGGAUUUCACGACUUUUUCAAUAAUAAAACCAGUAGAAUCUUUUUUAAAAGGGUUAAAAAAAAAUCUAAGUGUGCUGCCAAGUAAAUAGCAUUAUGAUGUGCCUGUUCCAUUUGCAUGUAUGGAAAUUAGAGAGUAUCCAACCAAGCUGCACAAACUCAGGCCUGUUUUAUGCAGAUGAGUCUUGUUGCAAAAAUCAUCUAAUUAACAACAUGCAGUUAGUCCUCUGCGAUUUAUGUGGGUCAGUUGGGUCUCUGGCUUAUCUCAGACUUUAAACUACGCAAAGAUGAAAACUGUCCUGACAGUACUGAUGGACAUGAGGUUGCUCAUCUCGUAAACCUGGAAUAUGAGUAUAACAGAUGCAGAACACACUUCAUUAUUUAGCAUCAGAUCCUGACUCAUAUGAUGUUAUUGAAGUCCCUGUUGCUGUGCUGUGUGUAAAUGUGCACAGCCUCUUUCUCAGUUCAGAGACUUCAACUGUUGUGUGACGCUGCUGCCAGCUGUGAGCCCCGGACAGAACAUCAGCACUAAUGCUUCUCCAAAGUCCUAUCGACACUCAGUGACACCUGACCAACAGCAUUUAAAGAGUCAGACAUUAAUGGAAUGCACUUGAGACCAUCUUGAAUGAUAUUAAUUGCUGGAGCCUAUUUUGACAUAGAUUUUAAUAGAUAGUGAUGCACACUCAAAAUUCUAGAAGAAGCAAAAAAUAUGAAAGUUGGUUUGUGAUUGUGCAGAGCAAAGUGUGACGAUAUAAUUUGAAGGUUUUCACUCUACAGUUUUCAUUAAGGACCAGACUGUAUACUCAAAUGUGGUGAAAAGCCUGAAAUACUAGCAACUCUGGUGCAAAACAAGAGUAAAUUGAUUGGGAUGCAGAACUUUAUGAGUGUGUUCUUUGGUGCAAAAUCUUUUGUGAAUAAGUCUUAAAGCUGAACAGAUUACACAGGAUUGGUAAUGGGAACAAUCCAUUCUUUGUGUAUCUGGUCCAAUGUGUAGAGUUUUUCUUCAAUAUGUGAAUAGUUAGAGUGUGUUAAGGCCAAUCUCGUAAAUUACUGUUGUAAAGCAACAUAUAAAAGACAAAUUAUUCAGCAAAUCAACUCCAAACAAAUCCUAAAUCUUUUUUUAACUUUGGGUGUUUAUUUAUUUAUUCAUUUAUUUUUUUAUUCCUAAAAUUAGAUCUCUUUGAUUAUCACUGACAAUGUCUGUAUUAUAGUAUGAAAAGUCCUACACUAAAUGACAUUUGUAUGGUCAGGUGUUGAUGUAAGAACUGUAAGCAGACAAGAAGUUAGCUGUGCUCUAUGUUGUGAGUGCUUAAAAAAGUAUUGUGCCGCUGUGGCUAUCAACCAUGAUCUGUGCUGACAGAAUUAUUUUGAUCAGGCUAACAACUGUUAGUGGGUGAUAAUCAACCAUCGGACUCUGAGAUUACUGAGUGUGAGUGUGCAAAGACAAAUCUGUCAAAAGGGAUUAGAGUAGCAGAUUAAAUUUAAUAGUAUUAAGGCCAUCAUCAUUACAACAUCUUAAAAUCAUACUAAUCAGACAAAUGCUUUGGUAGAAAUGUUAUUUUACACAUGAAAAUGUUGUAAUGUAUGUUGAUUGCAGGUAUUAUCAGACAGUGAAUUAUAGACGGAUAUUUUGCGCAGGAUUAAAUGAUGGUGAUAGUAUCACAGAGGAUGACAAUAACUGCUUUUCAAGUCUGUAAAUAAGAAUACAUUGUCUAAUGAAAGUUAAAUACUGCUAAAUUUAGGUAAUCAUAAAACUGAAAGCAGUCAUUAAAGAUCAUGUGCAACUUGAAAGAAUAGUUUAAUAUUUUGGGAACUGUACUAAUCAGAGUUUCAGCUACAGCCAACAACUGGUCAGUUUACUGGACUUUUGUACACGGGGACCACAGCUCCA